UUGCUGCAAAUCUCGAUGCUUAAAGCCAUAUUUAUAUUUAAAAUGAACGCUGUUACUUUUUUUAUCUUGAUAUACAUGAUCAACAAUGUCAAGUGCUACGAGGAAUGCUCAUAUUUAAAGACAGAGUGCAAAUAUUGGUUAACAGUGGAAGAGAAACUAACAAUGACUUGGAAAAAAACCCGAGUUCGUGCGGUAAACCAAAUGUUGUACAAAUACGAUGAGUCGCCAGAAAAUUAUACAAUUAAGAUUCCGAUUGAUGAAGUAAUUACCGCAGAUGGAUUUGAAAGAGUUGUGUUAGCUGUUAACAACACCGUGCCAGGACCACCCAUUAUUGUUUAUGAAGGACAGUUGUUAAUUAUUCAAGUUACUAACAACUUGUUAAGUGACUCAAUAACAAUACAUUGGCAUGGGUUACAUCAAGUGGGAACUCCUUUUAUGGAUGGUGUUGCAUAUAUUACACAAUGUCCAAUUGCAGCUGGACAAACGUUUACCUAUCGUUUUUAUGCUAAACCAAAAGGAACAUUUUGGUACCAUUCGCAUAUUGGAGGUCAGCGUGUAGACGGCCUCUUUGGAGCUGUUAUUAUUAAAGAGAAAAUUUCAAGAGAUACUGAAGAUAUGAUCAUGUUUGUUGGUGAUUGGUUUCAUGCACUUGGAUCGCAACUUCACACAAUGAUGAUUUCAGGAUAUUUUAAAAGCCAGCCUAACUUCAAACAGCAAAAAACACUUGAUGGGGUAUAUUACGCACCUGCUAUUUUUCAAUCCGCUCUAAUAGAAGGAAAAGGCCAAUACUAUAAUCCGUCUUCAGAAAAAUGGAAUGAAACACCUUUAAAAGAAUACUUUGUUAAAAGUGGGUUAAAAUAUCGUUUUCGUGUGAUAUGUCAUGGUGUUAUUUAUCCAUUUCGAAUCUCUGUUGAUAACCACACAUUGACAGUUAUUUCUUCAGAUGGUUAUGAUGUUAAACCUCGUGAAUUUGAAUCUUUAAUAAUAAAUCCUGGCGAUAUGUAUGACUUUUUAAUUACUGCAAAUCAAAUUAUCAGUAGCUAUUGGAUACGAGCAGAUUCUUUAGAGCUAGUGAAUAUAAUAUUAAAUUUUCCAAAGAAAAUGGUAAAUGCACAAAAGUUUCAUGCCUACAAGGCACAACAGGAACAAACUAUUGGAGAUCUGAAACUAUUAAAUGAAAAGUUAACAACUGAUAGUGUCAAUUUAACAAAAAAAGUCGGUAAUCCAAAUCACUAUGUCAGAGCUAUUUUGCGCUAUACUAACUCCACAGAAAUGCCAAAGACGAAUCGCAGUCUAUGUACAGUUGAAAAUCAAUGUGUUGUUUUAAAUUGCCCAUACAAAUACUAUCCUCAAAAUGAUUACACACUUUGUGUAAAAAUUGAUGAGUUGGAAAAUUUAAUUGAUGAAUCUCCACCUAAGUUUGAAAAAGAUUCCAUAGAAGAAUUUAUGAAUUUUGUACAAGAUACAAACCAAAUGAAUGUAAACGGCCGUCAUUUUGUUCAUCCAGGGUUUAAUUCACUUGAGUUGUCUGAAGAAGUUGAUGAAUUUAUAGACUGUAAAAAAAAAAACUGCAGUGGUUUUGAAAUAUGUUAUUGCUACAAUGAGCUAACUAUUCCAUAUGACAAAACUAUACAAAUGGUGUGGUCAAACCAUCCUUAUGGUUCAACUAGACACCAUCCAAUCCAUUUACAUGGGCAUAGCUUUUAUGUAUUGAAAAUGGAUUAUGGUAUUUACAAUGAAACUAAUGGAAUCAAGAUAAGUAAUAACUUAAACAUUAACUGUACUGGUGAAACAUUUUGUGUUCAACCAACAUGGAGAAAUAAUAGUUGGAAAAAUGGUAAUGUUCCCGGUUUAAAUCUUAAAAAUCCACCUAUAAAAGAUACAUUAAUUGUACCUGCAGGAGCUUAUGCUGUAAUUCGAUUUCGAUCAAACAACCCUGGAAAAUGGUUUUUGCAUUGUCAUGUUGAAUUUCAUGCAAUGCAAGGUAUGGCAAUGGUAGUUAAUGAGGCUCAAGACAAGCAAGCACCUCUUCCAGAAGGGUUUCCUGUUUGUAAAAAUUUUAUGAAUAAUUUCAUGGAUUCCAGAGAUAAACUUUCUGUCAAAAACGUUUUAUUGGAUAAAAAAGAACCUCGCAUUUUAAGCGAUACAGUAAUUGGACUAGGCGUUUUAUCGUGUGUUUUUUUUGUGUUGCUGAUUGCAUUGAUUUGUUUUAUAAUUCGAGUACGUCGGAAAUCCGUUAUUAAACCUAUGGAAGUAAACGAAAUGAAGAAAAUGACUGAAGACGUUAAAGCAUGACCAAAGUGGAAAUUAUGUAAAUAAUUAUAUUUUUUAAUAGUUUUUAAUUAGAAUGUAUUUAACUUAAUAUUUAAAAAAUUCAAUAAUUUUUUACUUUUGAA